UAUUAUGAGCGUCCAAAAACCUUCCAGCACCCAGACUUUUUCAUGUAUCAUUCCGUAAAGCAACUGGCCGGGAAUUAAAUCAUUAGGAUUAUGCAAAAACGACUGAAAUGGAUGAAAUAAUCUAAUGGAUUUUUAAAUGAACAGCUGGAUCCUACUUUGGUGAGCCUUCCCCCUCUACUCUUGUUGCUCAGAGGAUAGUGCUUUGCUGGAGUCAUUUGAGAAUAGAGCACAGGGACCGAUCGACAGACGGUUGCAACAGGUGCAAACUGUUCCCGAGCAUCAUCGCUGACCUGUCAUUGAGGACAUCUCAUUGAACAGUCCUACAAAAUUUUCACAUUUUUGCGGGUGACCGUCUCGUGCGUCACGCUCAGAAUGCCUGUCCUGAUGAGUCCGGAGAUCGCCUCCAAGUUUAAGGAGAAAUGGCUGAAAUUACAGCCAGAGAACCAGGACACCGCAGCCGGGUCAGUGCACCUGGACGACAGCCUGACCAGCCUCCACUGGCUUCAGAACUUCUCCAUCCUCAGCACUAACUCAGAAAGAUCCACCGGCUCCGGUUGCCCCUCACAGCACCUGGUCUCCUACCACCAGCGCCUGUACCCCCCGGGCACCGACUCCCCGUCUAGCCCUCCAGCCGGAGACACUGCCGCUACCGGGAUGCCUCUCUGCCUCGGGAGCCCCGUUACCUCUGGCAGUAACUCCACCGAUGCGCGUUUGGUGAAUUAUCCACACCACCAAACCACAACCUACCCUCACCUCAACCACCACAUCACGCAGAUCAUCCCACCAGAGGAGAUUGACUUUAAAACGAACCCCAAAGUCAAACCGCCUUAUUCCUAUGCCUCUCUCAUCUGUAUGGCCAUGCAGGCCAGCAAGAAGCCCAAGGUGACUCUUUCCACCAUCUAUAACUGGAUCACAGACAACUUCUGCUACUACAGACAUGCUGAGCCCAGCUGGCAGAACUCUAUCCGCCAUAACCUCUCGCUCAACAAGUGCUUCAUGAAAGUUCCGCGGCAGAAGGAUGAACCAGGGAAAGGAGGCUUCUGGCAGAUCGACCCUCAGUACGCUGACAUGUUCGUCAACGGAGUCUUCAAGAGAAGGAGAAUGUCCUCCAGCCACUACAACACCGACAGGCAGAGCAAGCUCCUACACAACCAGGAAACUGGCUACCACAGAGCCACUCAGCGGGGCCAAGAUGGCUACCACUACCAAGGAGCUGGAGCCGGCAACAAGCGUAAACAACCUUCUCCAAAGCAAAACAGCAAGAUGGCGCGGGCACCCAAAUCCCCACUGUUAUCCACGGAGGCCCACAGCGCAGAUGUAGUUCUGAGGGGAGACUUUGACCUUGUAUCUGUGUUUGACGAUGUCCUCAGUGGAAACUGCAGUACAUUCGAAGACCUGGACAUCAACACUGCUCUGAGCUCCCUGGGCUGCGAGCUGGAUCUGACCCUGCAGGAGAGGCACUCUGUCGGGCUGGGGAGGUGGUGUGGAGAGGGGGACAACCAGACCCAGACCCAUGACUCUUGUGGCUACAUGGAGCUGAGUGGCUCAGUGGGAUGUAAUAGUAGUAACAUAGGGAACAUUUACAUUCAACAGCAGCAGCUGAACCAGGAUCAGUUGUUACAGACCCACCUGCACCAGUUUGAGGAGGUGACUCUGUUCCCAGAGCAGCAGGAGGUGCACCCCUGGGAGGAGAUGAAGGAGGAAGUGCAGGCCAUCCCUCAGACUCUGGAUCAGGGCUUUGGUCUGUGUGAAGGAUUCUUCUCAGAGAUACAACCCUGGGAGAGGGCUGAGGCCUACCUGUGACAGACCAACCACUGUUGAACCAAUGCUUACGCCAGCCCUUAACCAAGCGAUUCAGGCCCUAGCCACGACUUCCUUAUCGUAAAUGCUGGGACAGGUGAUUCAGGAGACUGCUGGUCAUUCAUGUCCUGUCCAUGCAGUUCCUUCAGACUAUGGCUAAAGACUGGGUUGUUGUGGUUUGAAGGAGCAUGUUGUAUUCGUUUCACAAGACAAUGAAAUACUAUUGGUCUUACCUUCUGCUAUGUGCUCCACACUCCAAACAGAUAUGCACUCUAUUGGCUUGUGGGGCAGACCUACAUACAGACUACUAUUUUUCUACAUUAGCAUCAUGAAAUAUUAUAUACAUAAAAUGUAUUUUUUUCUUGUUUGUUUUUGCAUUAUGUUUUUGAGAGAUCUAUGCUGUAUGUUUAUGACUUUAUGAAUAUCUAUGUUUCUGGUUUGAUCGCUGACUAGAGAAGGCAAUGAAGUCAAAUGCAGUACUUAGUGUUGGGUCAUAGUCAAACCGAUUGAUUCAAUUUCAAUGUGUUUUUCAACUAAUCAAUUUAAUAUAUAUAUAUAUAUAUCGAUUAGAGUCUACGAUAAGAGCCUAGAUGGCCAUGUGUCUUGAGUCAUAGGCUAUGGCAAAGCAGAAAGAGGGACAGAAAUGAACUGAAAUGCCUCAAUCAGAAUACCCAAGCAUAUGCACUUUGAGUGACAACAGGUAUGUUUGAGGAUAGAAAAUAUUUCUGCUGUGCAUCCGAAUGCUAUUUGCCCUUGUUCCAUAAAACAUGCAAUGUCACAGAUUCAGCGUGCACACACCAUCAUUUGACAGCAACACCACAGCCUUCGUAGGCACUGACGGUUUUGUUCAAGUUUUCAAGUUUUCUGCCAAUCUUACAUUUGAUUGAACUCUGUUAAUGAGUCUGUUCAGGAUAUACUGAGGAAAUCUGAAUUCUCUCACUGGGUGAUUGGCUUCCAUUUUGUGAUAAUGAUUACAGAUUUUUGAUUUAUUACGUCAAACUACGAUAAAUAUACAAAUGAACAACAAUGGACUGUUUUAGUUUUUUGAAAGAUGAUUCAUUUAAAAUGGUAUGUUGUUUGGGAACACAGAUGAACCAAUGAAAAGGCUUGUGCUCUAGAAAGGGUUGCUUUUCUUGAGUCAAUUGUGAAGAUCAAAUCAACCUUUAUACAACGUCAUUCUGUUGUUUUUAUUUGUACUCUUAGAAGUUGUUAAAAAUGCAAUCAUGCCUCAAUGCAAUAAAUGUUGUCAAUUUA